AUGAACAGCCAGUACAUGCGCAGAGAAGUCUUCUGCUGCGAGACCUGCGAUGAGCUCAAAAGCUUCUGGGAAAAGGAGAUCCGCAAACAGACUUGUUACCGAGAACUGGAAGAAGAUCGCCAGGAGAGAAGCGCUCUGAGAAAGCUCAGAGAAGAAUGGAAGGAGAGGCUGGAGAAGAGGCUGAGGAUGCUGGAUAAUCCUGAGGACAAGGAAACGCAGGCUAACCCUGAGAGCUGAGUGCUUCUGGCAAACCCUCAAGGGCAUCUCUUUCUAAGAGGAAAAGACUUUCCCGAGUAUAACGACUUACUAGGCAGAACUUCCCCUAUUGGCUCCCCCGUCUGAGAAAGGAUUUACACGCAAACCCCACCGUGUGCUAGUGGGGACUGUUGUUUUCCAGCUCAUCCUCCUCUUCUCAGAGAGGACAGGGUGACUGCAGGGGUAGGAUUCUUGGGUUGUUUUAUAUAAAAAGCACUUUGUGUUAGCACCCCUCCCCAGGUUUCCAAGGUCCACACAGUAUAAGCUGGUCCUGCAUUCUCCCCUCAUCUUGAAAUCUAAAUGCUUUUCUCUGAGCUUGCUCGAGGCAAUGACCUUAACGAAAUCUGGCUCCCUACAACUCCAGAAAUUGGUCACAAAAUCUUUGUCUCCUUUCUCCAUUUUCCUGCAAACAGAGAUGCCGGCGGAAAUAAAGCUAGUACGAAUUUUGAAAUUUUAACAAUA